GUUUGCGUUCGGGUUCGUGGGUUCCAUCUGGUUUUGCGGCGGAAAGGGUUUUUUCGGCGCUUGGAGGCUUCAAAGUAGCACAAAACGACGGUGCUUACACGCCUCCUCCAGGGUUACGCCUGAUUCCCUGCUACCUUUCGUUCACCCCCUCCUCUCUCAAGUAGUAGUAAGGCCAGGAGCCCCUAGUAGCGUCCUUGCUCCUAGUAGCGAUGCCAGGAGCUACUAGUAGCGUCCUUGUGUAUAUAUAUAUAUAUUCUUUUUUCAGGAGCACGAAUGUUUGGUGACACUUUUUCCCAGAAUCUGACGAUUUGACAUCUCCUUCUCAAUGGAAUUAUUGCGGAAGACUUUCCACCCCGAACUAAUCUAAUUUGUAAUUUGCGUAGUAUAAACUUUCUUCAGGGUGGAACUCCUCUGCCAAAAUUUCACUGUGAUCCUGUGUAGGAUUAAAGGGCAAAGGGUUGCAGGUCAUGUAUUCACACGCUGGCUACCAACUGUUGUCCUGUCUGUGUAUAUACAAAUACAACCACGAGUAACUGACACACUGACGCAUUUGAGGCCACUACAUUGGGCUUGUGCGAUGUCGGCCUUUAAGCAAUUUGGGUGGCCAGAGCGGCCACUGGUGUGCUUACAUGGGCACGCGCUCGCUGAGAAGGCUGGGUUGCGGAUUGCGGAGGACUUGAAGUUGCCGAUUAGCCAUGAGGAGACGCUCUUCAGCACGCCGGAAGACGUGGAUGCGCUCAUGACCUUAUUCAGCAGUUAUCCGUAUCCCAAGAACAAGGUCUUCAUCCGACGUGGUCAUGGGUUCCUGAUUCUUGCAGACACUGUUGACUCUGCAACGCAGGACCCCGAAUCAAGACGAAUCGAGCACUGUUGCUUUGUCCCUCACCCAACAGCGGAAGGCAGUCUCUUUUUUGGAUCAUCAGAAGCUACAAAACAUUAAGGAAUGAUACAAAGAAGACAACAAAGGGAAAGGGCUCCAUCAAUAGGGCCCCUGCGAACUUACCCAGCCAGAGGCUACACUUUAAACUUUUCACUGUGGUACCCUUUGAUUUCCAAGGUGUGAAACACAUGCGUUAAGUUCCUCACCUCACAACAAUC